UUACCUAACACUUCUUCCCAGACUAAGCCUUGGCAAAAUAAAUAACUUGUGUAUUUUCUAAAUCAUUCAAACUGAAAGAGCUAUUUGCGGCGAGUGAAGCGGAUCCAAAUUAUGCUAAAGAUUCCAAAUCGGCGCAAGAUGCCUGUGUCAGAACAACAGCCUCGAAUCAUCAAGAUAGAGAGACCCAUGCCAGGAAGGAUACUAGGUCCUUUGAACAUGUCCAGCAUGCAACAACAGACCUUCUUGGCCAAGAAUAACCCAAAAAUAACCGAAGAUCUGGGCAGUCGCUUGCUGACUCUGCAGAGGCGUGUCCAAGAGUGGAAGUCUUCAGGCCAAGUCUAAGAUGAAACGUAAAGUGGGGGAUGACGCAAAGUAUGCCUUUAGGAAACCAAUAAAAAUAUUGUAAUAAUCUAAAAUCAAGAUAACCUUUUUUUAACAAAUAAACAAGUAUGUAAACGCUAGGAUGGAUAUAUAA